AAGUGCGGGCAGUGUCAAUGCAAACAAAAUAUUGUCAAUGUCGCUUGCCUAUUUACGAUUUUGGCGAUCUGCCAGCACAGUUGCCAAAUUAUUAGUUGGAUGUAUCUGUUCCGGGCACGAGCAUCGCCUACAACACCUACAAUACGAUGUACACGGUGAGGUCUGAGAUCUACAGUGAGACCAACUAUCAGCCUGAGAGCAGUGAAGAUGGUCGCAUCGUGUCCAAGUUCCGCUUUCGUUAUCCUCCUCCUGGUGAAGGUGUCGCUACCGUGGACACCGAUGGUGACCUGGACGUUCAACGUUUACGGCGUGGCACCAUAGAACUCGAGCAUUCCGGGGCCACAGAAAUAAAGUUGGUUGGUCUGCAGGUUUGGCGCGGUGCGCUUCUCCUGGCUGACUAUUUGUUCUCGCGGCGGAAAGAGCUCGGCUCCAAGACAAUCAUGGAGCUGGGCGCUGGUGUUGGUCUCUCCAGCAUCGCUGCCGCCAUCCACAACAGUGGUCACGUCUACUGUACGGAUGUGAAUCUGGGAGACAUUCUCACGCUAAUCCGCAGCAAUGUCCAGCGCAAUGCUCAACUGCUCCAGGGCCAAGUGUCAGUUAUAGAGUAUGACUUUAUGGCUCCCAAAUCGCAACUCUCGGCUGAGCUGUUGGAGGCCAUCGAUCUCAGCGAUGUCAUAAUGGCAGCUGAUGUCAUCUACGAUGACGCACUCACCGACGCCUUCGUGGCCGUGAUCGAGCACAUUUUUGUCCGGGCCAAAGAGUCGGGCAGGUCAAAGUGCAUCUACAUGGCUCUGGAGAAGCGUUACGUCUUUACGCUGGAGGAUUGCGACUCUGUGGCGCCAAUGUACGAGCACUUCCUCCGACAGACUGCCCACAAGCCUUGGAUCGUUGACCACAUCCCGCUCGACUUUCCACAGUACUUUGAGUACGAGCGUUGUCCCCAGCUGAUCCUCAUGCGCAUAAGCCAGAGACUGUAAUGAUUAUAAUCUUAAAAAUGUUAAAUACAAUUAGAUAACUCUUAUUUGUUAAAAAAA